CCUGCCGCUUAUUAGCAGCCUGUUGAUUCAAGCCCGGCCUUCUUGGAAUAACCGCGACGUACUUUUCUUUUCUGGAAUUAUAAAGAACAUGAACUCCUUACAGUAUUCGUUCGUCUUCUUCAUCCUGGUGCCUCACGCCAUAUCGUUUGGCCGCUGCAACGACGUUUCUUUCUCAGUAUGUUGGAUGAGCAAGGACGAUGCUCUGGACAGGAAAAAUGGGGACAUAUGGCUCAACGGCACAUCAUUAAAAUCCAUCAGAAAGGUGGGCAAAGUGACCUCUGUGACUGUUCCCCCGGGUGUAGAAAACCAGCUAACCCUCCGAUAUGGAGGCUCUGUUCAGGCGUGGGCUCUAACUGUCUCUCGAAACCCACGUACAAAAUUCACUAAAGUCAGAGGCCGAAAGCAGCCACUGCUACAUCCAACAAAUGCCACUAAGGAUUUCCUCACCUUGUUGAGUCCCACUGAAGUGUUUGCAUGUGAAAAUGGCACCGUGUUCUUCCACCAGGAGGAAAAUUUCUUCCUUGCUUUGGGUCACACAAUGCGUCUCCCUGUCAAACUGCUGUCCAGAAGUCCCUCCAUGUUGCUGGUUUCCUGGGCGGCAAAUCAUCCAGAUGUGAUCUAUAGUCACAAUAUGACUCUGUACCAUGUUGAACUGGGCUCCUAUGAAAUGCACAGUGUGGACGUUGCCACUCACAACCACUACCGCUUCUCUUCUCUGGACCCCUGCAGCCUCUACAUGGCCUGUGUUGAGAUUGCAGACACUCACUCCUUAACCUGCCUCUCUACCAUUACUGAUCCAGAUGUUCCAAAGAACUUUGAGGUGACAUCAUGGAAUAGCAGCAGCAUAUCUCUGCACUGGGACUGCCCUGCAAAUAGCAAGUACUCUGUCUUCCUUCUCACUGCUUUCUACCUCAAUGGCACAGAUCAUAUCACGGAGGAGGUCUCCUUUUGGCACAAAGAUAACUUUGAGUUCAGCUUGUCUGGCCUGCAGCCCUGCAGCAGGGUCAAGUUUGGCCUACAGACUGUUUGCCAGGCAGGCAUCGAGUCCCGAUACAGCAAGAUGGUCCUGAAUGAUGGAAACUCUGUCCAUUCCAACAUUGAGGCCUUGCGUCAGACAUCGUUUGGCCCCAACAACUACACCCUGAGGUGGGAGGUGAAGAACACCUCAUCAAUCUCCAUGUUCAGAGUUUACAACAAAGGUGUGCUACAGGGCACUACUCUCAUAAACAGCUACACUGUGAGGGGACUGCUGCCAUGCCAACAGUACCAGGCCAAGGUGGAGGCAGUUUGUGGGGAUGGUGUGCUCAUGAAUGCUAAGACAGUCACAGCACAAACAGGACCUCAUGGUGUGUCUGAGCUCAGGUAUCACUCUAAUGACUCCACCGCCCUGUGGAAACCCAGCAGCCCACAGCAGCAAGCUGUGGCCUUCGUCUAUAUGUUGUCCCUGAAGAACGGUACCACCAUCCACAACAGUCGUGUGUCAGUCACAAAGCUACACCUCCCAGGGCUAGAAGAAGGAAAAGUCUAUCUCCUUGAGUUGUGGGAAGAAUGUGACAACCACUUGGAGUCUGAACAUUCUCAUUUGUUUUUCGAGGUAGCUAAUACAUCUUCAGAGCUGCAAGUGAGGGCUGGUGGAUCUGCUCAGGACAUAGAGUUAGGUUAUGACAAAAUGGGUGUCAAAAUGGUUGUGCCCUGGACACUGCCUGAGGAUCUAAAGGAUGAAGGGUCAGAAGCUAAAGCUAAAUUGGAGGAGAUCUUCAACAGAAAGUUACAGGAGCUAUUGAAAGAUGAGCUUGUCCGGAUUAAGCUGGACACUUUUGAACCUGCAGAUGAGCCAGGCAAAACUGCCAUUUUCUUCACGGCUUUUGAUGUCUCCCAAACUAAAGAAAACGUACCCCUAACUAUUGAAGAGCUUUUGUAUUACAUUGACUCUCUGAAUAACACCAACAUCACUAUUAAAGAUGGGGACCUUUACUGGGAAGGUCCAGAUCUGUGUGCCUCCAAGAAAACUUUGUGUUCUCACAAUUCUCUGUGCAUCAACACUCUGGGCUCCUUUUCUUGUGUGUGCCAACGUGAUUACUAUGAUGUCAGCUCCGUCACUGAGCAUCAUCCAGCUUCACGUCCAGUUUGUGAAGAAAAGGGUCUUUUCAGCCAGUGUCUGGAAAAACUGAUGGCUGGUGGAAUAGCAAAGACCUACCUGCAUUUUCACAUGGGUGGAAAGGUGGAGGUAAAGUUGAAUGAUGGCCGCUGCAUUGUGAAUGAGAGCGAGACACUGUACUACUUCCACACCUCACGAAAAUCCUCUGAAUGUGGAACUGAGAAACAGGUUAACAAAACUCACAUCAACUUCCACAACACUCUGACCGUCACCUUGACCAAAGAGCUGCCAAUCAGCAGGCGGGAACUAAAAGUGAUGUGGAAGUGUGUCUACCCACGACAUUAUGUCCGUAAUGCUCAAGUCAAUGUGGAUUUGGAAUGGCUCACAUCCAUCUCCUUGGUAGAGUUCAACUCAUCAGCACUCCUGGGCCUGAGUAUGACAUUGUAUAGGGAUGAGUCUUACACCUAUAGCUACAAGGAUGCCAUAACCCUGGAGCUUGAGGACACACUGUUCUUCCAAGUGGCCCUGGAGACCAACGGCUCUUUUGCUGCAGACCUGCUCCUGCAGGUGAAGUCGUGCUGGACCACUGAGAGCACUGACCCCCAGGACCCUACCCAGGGUGUUCUUCUGCAGAAUGGCUGUCCUGUUGACCCCACAUUCCACUGGCUCUCUGUAAAUGGCCUGGCACAGAGAAGCAGAUUUUCCAUUCAGAUGUUCAACAUGCCCAAGAGGUUACCCCUUUACUUCCACUGCCUGGCCAGCAUAUGUGGACAAGAUGAAGACUGUACAUUGAAUUGCUCUGGCCAGCAGCGCACCAAGAGGUCAGUGAGCCAGAUGGAGAGUAAGGGCGUACGAGCUGCUGUUGUGUCUGCUGGACCUUUGAUUGUUAACACGAGAGUGAAGAAAGCCUCACCAUCUUACUGGGCAGAGUACAUGACAGUAAUCACCAUUGUGGCUGGAUCAAUAGGCUUUCUAGGAGUAAUGGUGCUCUCAGUGAGUGCUACCAAAGCAAUAAUGGCUUACUAUGAACAGCUACGGUUCCAAUAA